UAGCCAGUUGUUUUGGGAGAAGAAGAAAAGAGCUAGAAGCGGAAGAAACACCGGAUCUGGUUCUGGGUUAUAUUCGUUUAAUGCUUUUGGUUUAGUUUUGGAAGAGAAAGAAAGGGGGGACUCGAACAUAUUUUGAAUAAUGUCCACACCAGCAAGGAGACGGCUUAUGAGAGAUUUUAAAAGACUUCAAGAAGAUCCUCCCACCGGCGUGAGCGGAGCACCGUCAGAGAACAACAUCAUGCUUUGGAACGCUGUUAUUUUUGGGCCUGUGGGAACGCCAUUCGAAGAUGGAACAUUUAAGCUGCUGAUAGAGUUUUCAGAGGAGUACCCAAACAAGCCCCCCACAGUUCGGUUUGUGUCCAGAAUGUUUCAUCCAAAUGUUUACGCAGAUGGCAGUAUAUGUUUAGACAUUCUUCAGAAUCGCUGGAGCCCUACAUAUGAUGUGUCGUCCAUACUCACCUCCAUCCAGUCCUUGCUGGACGAGCCGAACCCAAACAGCCCUGCCAACAGUCAGGCCGCACAGCUCUAUCAGGAAAACAAGAGGGAGUACGAGAAGAGGGUGACGGCCAUCGUGGAGCAGAGCUGGGUGGACGUCUGAGCUUCUCUCACUCUAUAGUAUUCUCUUCAUCACCUUCUCUUCAUCAUCCUGUACUUCAGUCUCUCAUUUUUAUCUUAUCAGGAGGAAAAACAAAACAAAAAAAAUAUCAAAACUCAAGUGCCACCCUGAAAAGAAAAACAACCAAACCUGAAUGGACAUUAACUUGCUUGCCAAUGCAUUUUAGGAAAUUGAAGGGGAAGGGGUUCGAUUUUAUGUUUGUGUUUCUUGUCUUUAAUUUGACUUUUUUUUUUAUUGCAUGAUGUGAGAUAAGUUAUUGCUAACAAAAAUUGUAAUAUAUCUUCGGCUGGCUGGAUUGAUGCUGUUAGUGCUUGAGUUUUACACUUUUUUUCUUUUAUCUUUUGGUGUGCACACAACUAGGCUGGUUGGAAAGGCACAUUGAUGACCAAAUUAGCAUAUUUUUAUAUGAAAUCAGUGGGAAAAACCAUGGUAAUGACUGUAGGAGCUUGUAGUGUCAUUCCUCAGAUCAACCACAGAUGCAGCAGAGAAAAACCACUUCCUGGUUUGUUCCAGUACAUCAGUUUAUUUUAAGAGAUACUGUAGGUUUGGGCUCGGACACAUCGCAGAUUGCAGCAGCACUGACUUCAGCUUUUAUUGUAAUCAUUUCUGCUCCAAGGUAAAGAUAACGCUUGGACUGAAGAUUUUAUUUUAUUUAGUGUCAUUCAUGGUUAAAUGAUUGAACUCAAGCGCCUCUGAGCCAUGGGUGUGGGUGUUAUGGUCUAAGGAGAGAUGCUUGCAUGUUUAAAAAUGACCAGACAGGAUGUUCUUCUGGGGCGGCUGUAGCUCAGGAGCAGUCGAUUGAUUCCAGGCUUCCCCUGACUACACGUCGUAGUGUCCUUGGGCAAGAUGCUUAUCAGGGUAUGAGUGUGUGUAUGUGUGUGUGUGUAAAGCGCUUUAAGUGGUCAAGCUGACUGGAAAAGUGCUGUACAAGUCCAUUUACCAUUCUGUAUCAUGUUCUAUCCUGCUCAUUUAAUGUAAAAGACUCUGCUACAUAUGAAAGAAAACAGUGGUCACAGUGAUGGUGCAUUUAAAAAGAAGUUAUUCACUUUGCACACCCACAAGUUUUUUAUUUCCCUCACCACACAGGACUAGUUAAGGACUUUCCAGUGCUUUGUUGCCUGUGAUGUGUCAGCCUGGAUGAAGUGCCGGUGCUUCUGAUCCUUCUCUUAAAAUAAGCUAGCUGACAUUGAGUAGAAGAUAAAAAGCAGUGUGUAUACUUUCUCUUCUCUAAAUAACAGUUAAGAGGACACUCGGACAUUGUUUGAAUCUUUUUGCAAGCGUGUGGCAUCAAGUGUUUCCUUGAAGGUUCGAGUUGCUUUUCAUGCCUGCAUUUGUCUCGUAUUUAUUCUUCAUACAGUUAAAAUCAACUUGAGCGUAAAUUUACAAGUUAAUCCCAACCAGCUCCAGCUUAAUCAUCAGUCAUAAAACAGAAUUCCUCUUUUCCUAAAAACAGUAAAGGUCAUUGUGGCUAGUUGUGACUUUCACCUAAUAAGCAGAAGGGAUAUGUUAAAGUUUUCAGACUCAAACAAAUGUAUACUUAAAAUAAUAUGCUGUAUAAACAUAAUAAAUCAUUUUUCAGAAUUUGA